ACAACUAUGCAGAAGCCUUCGACCAAUCAGAUUGCAGCACAGACUGGCCGUGGAAAAUGUCGUCUGCCUGCAGCCAAAUUAUAAACAAACAGCACUACAGAAGUCACUCUCUUGCCAACACACUCUGUAUUGCAUCCUGAAGCCAAACAGCAUUUUUAUGUGAUCUGGCGAAAUGGCUCGAAACAUCCCACAAGAUGUAUUGGGAGUGCUGCGAGGUCUUCAGUCUGUUGCAAAUGCUGCCGUUCGUUACCAAGAAUCGCAAGUUAAAGAAAUUUGGCUCAAUUCUAGCGUAAGGGAUGCUGUGAACAAUGUGGGAGGAAAAGUGGGCUCAACGGUGGUGCAGUCAUUUAGGCCUGAAACACCGCCACCUCAGAGCAAUGUCUCCAAAAAAUUCACUGAAAUUGUUGAGAGGACAUCUAUGGUAACCGAAGGAAUACGAACCUUUGCGGCAUAUGCAGGAAGUCCCUCAGUGCGAGAGGAAACCAGAAAUCUGACUAGUGAAGAGCUACAAGAGUUAAGUGAACUCAAUAUGUUUGAUGAAUCAAAUCUUUGUCAUCUGGAAGUAAGAGAUCCUAAUCCUCCUGAGGUAAUUGCUGAAAAGUUUGAGUCUAAAGCACAGGCUGUGCUAGACUCUAUCUCCACUCAUGGUUCCCCACCCUUAACUGAAAAACAAACGGUACCUGGUGAAAGGGCUCAAGUCCAAUCAGUAGCAGAAAAAAACAAUGUUCAUCAGACGAAUCAAAGCCUAACUGCAAAGGCUUCUUCAUUGGCAGCAGCUGCGUCAGAAAAGGCCAGAUCCACUACAACAACUCACAAAAUCAUACCAACAGUUCGUCCUACUCGAACUAAACUAAAAGAAACACUUGCCAACUCAGCAAAGCAAAGAAAAGUCCCUUCAUCUCAAAUUGCUCGUGUUAUAUCCUUUGGCAGUCUCUUUGCUGGUCUGGGUGUAGGGACUGCAGCAGAAUUUGUUCGCCGAGGUGUUGGUUUGUCCAAUACCAAUAAAGAGGGAGAAACCUUAGAUUCAAUGUUUCUCACACCAGCAAACACUCAACGUAUUGUAGACACUCUAUGUAAAGUUAGAGGUGCUGCUUUGAAGAUAGGACAGAUUUUGAGUAUUCAAGAUAAUUCUGUCAUAAGUCCUCAGCUGCAGGCUGCUUUUGAGCGUGUUAGGCAGGCUGCAGACUUUAUGCCUGUUUGGCAAGUAGAAAAAGUAUUAGAAAAAGAACUGGGACAUGAGUGGAGAGAUAAAUUAAAAAUGUUUGAGAUGCAGCCCUUUGCUGCUGCCUCUAUUGGCCAAGUUCACCAAGCACAACUGCAUGACGGGCGUCUUAUUGCAAUGAAAAUACAAUACCCUGGAGUAGCUGAGAGUAUCGAAAGUGAUAUCAAUAAUCUAUUUUCUGUUCUCAAAUUAUACAAUAUAUUCCCAGAAGGUUUAUUUAUUGAUAAUCUGGUGGAGGUGGCAAAGCGGGAACUGUCCUGGGAGGUUGAUUAUGAAAGAGAACGAGAAUGCACAAAAAAGUUUCGUGAGCUUUUAGCCCCCUAUCCUCAGUUCUAUAUACCAGAAGUCAUAGAUGAUCUGUGUACCAAACAGGUUUUUACAACUGAAUUAAUUGAGGGAAUCCCCGUUGAUCAGUGUGUGAAUUUGGACAUGCCUGUGCGUGAAGAAAUCUGUCGCAAUAUUAUGCAUCUUUGUUUGCUUGAGCUCUUUGAGUUCCGCUACAUGCAGACAGAUCCAAACUGGGCUAAUUUCUUCUAUAAUCCUCAAACAAAACAACUUAUACUCUUGGACUUUGGAGCUACUCGUGAAUAUGAAAAAGAGUUUAUGGACAAGUAUAUUGAAGUGAUAAAAGGUGCUGCUGAUGGUGAUAGAGAAAAAGUUUUGACUUUAUCUCGUGAAAUGGGCUUCCUAACUGGAUAUGAAUCUAAGAUUAUGGAAGAAGCUCAUGUCGAUGGUGUGCUAAUCUUGGGUGAAGUAUUCAGUGAGAAAUCAGGUGCCUUCGAUUUUGGAGGACAAGAUACUACAAGACGUAUUCAGAAGCUUGUUCCCACUAUUGUCUAUCACCGGCUUUGCCCUCCUCCAGAAGAAAUAUACUCCCUGCAUCGAAAACUAUCAGGUGUUUUCCUCCUUUGUGCUAAAUUAAAUGUGAAAAUAGAUUGUCGUGACAUGUUUCAAGAAGUAUACCGCAAUUACAAAUUUAAUUGAGAAUUGUCUUCUCUAUCUGAGAAAUUCUCUUCAAUAAAAUGAAGAACUGAUUCUCUUCAUUUCUUUAAAAUCUAGGCAUUGAUAUCUUGCGUUGUUGUAGGCCAGUAUUUUAAUUCAUCAAGUUGCAUUAAACUAAAAAACUGUAUGAGUAUUGGUAUGUUUGGUUGUGGGAAAGGAUUCUUGAUUAGAUAUUAAAGACCUUUCAGACCUUG